AUGAUGAAGGAUGAGGAACAACGCCGAGACUCCUUCCGCAAGCGCCACCCAACCCUGUUCGCCAUGGUCCACGACCUCUUCGAGGAAUUCAAUGCCCACGCCGCCACCGUCGCCUUCUUCCCGGUCGGCAGCGAGCCCCAGGCCUUUGGUGGGCCCACCAUGGAGUCCGUCCUCCGCACAUACCUCCCCGCCGACGGGCCCCUUCGCCAGCCCUCUUCCAUUGCCGCUUCCCAUGGGGCCGCUGGCGGCGGCGGCGGUGCCGAGAUGGCCGGGGAGGUUGCAGCCCGCGUGGCUGGGAUGAGGCGGGAGUUGGUGGAGACCAAGGCACUGGUUGCUACGGAGUGGGAGCGAGUGGCCGACGCUGCGGGUAAGAUCAGAGAGGCGCAGGCGACCGCGCAGAAGGAGAAUUGGUGGGAGGUGAACGUGGAGGCCCUCGGGGAGGAGGAGCUGCAGGUGUGUGUCGAGGCGCUCGAGAUACUCAAGGCCGAUGUCCAGGAACGUGUCGACGCGAUGGCAUCGGCCAGGAUGUCGCUGCCACGCUGUUGA